AAGGGUCCCGUCAAUUCCAGACAAAUCCGCAACGACGGUGUUUCUGCCGCUGGGAGGCAUUGUGGAGUGAGUGAAGGCCUCACGCGAGGGUUAAGGGGCUUGCCUUAACUGCAGUUCGAGGAAUCUCCUUUGACUCCAGGGUUGAGUGUGUCUAUCAAUGGCCGUCUCUCUUUCCAACCACUCUCUCUUCUCUCCUCGUCUUUCUGCUUCUUUUCCUUCCAAAUCCUCUGAAACCCUCGCAUCUAAGUUCCUGGGCCUUCAAUCCCAGUAUAACGGACCGAGAGUCUAUAAAUCCACAUCAGGACUUCGUUUUGCCAAUCCUUGCCGAAUUAUUGAAUCUAACAACGACAAAUACAACAGGAGGCGUUCCUUUAAGUCCCACUUCACUGCUGAAGAUUCGGCUCCCUCUGUCGAAGAGGAGGGUCUUGAGGAGGAUGCAAGUGUCUCAGAAAGUGAAGCAGAGCAGCAAUAUAUGCCUAGUUUGAAGAUUCUUAUGAAAGCGUACAAGGAGGCAAUUUUUACUGGGGAUUGGAAGACGGUAUCUAACAUUGAGGCUGAGAUUUCUGUUGUAGAAAAUAAGAUGAAUGACUUGGCACUAAAAGUUUCGGCAUUAUCAUCAGAGGUAACCGCUGGCAAGGAGAAAUACAUCCGCUUACAAGCAGAUUUUGACAAUUUCAGGAAAAGAUCGGAAAAGGAGAGACUUACCAUAAGAAGUAAUGCCCAGGGAGAAGUGAUUGAAAGCCUUUUGCCCAUGGUGGACAAUUUUGAGAGAGCCAAGCAACAGAUAAAACCAGAAACAGAAAAGGAAAAGAAGAUUGAUAUAAGCUACCAGGGUAUUUACAAACAAUUUGUGGAAAUAAUGAGGAGCUUACGAGUAGCUUCUGUAGCAACCGUUGGAAAGCCUUUCGACCCAACACUGCACGAGGCUAUCGCAAGAGAGGAGUCUCAAGAGUACAAGGAAGGAAUCAUAACACAGGAAUUCCGUCGUGGCUUUCGUCUUGGAGACCGACUCAUAAGACCAGCCAUGGUUAAAGUUUCUGCAGGGCCUGGUAGUAAGAGAUCCCCUGUCGCCUCUGAGGUAUCAACUGGGAAACAUGCAGCCGCUGCCGCCACCAGUCUAGAUGAACAAUAGCAGCCCAAAUUGUUGAUUUCUGCAUCUCAGUAAUUUGUUAGCUUCAAAAAAUUUUAUUUUCUUUCUUUUGCAUAGGUAAAUGUAACUUACUCCUAUCAUUAGCUACUAAUUUUAUUGAUGGAAUUCCCUAUUCGGCUAUUUCAUACACAA